UUUCCGGCGGAUUUCAGUGGUUCGUUCAUUCGCGUUUAGUCGUGGCUAGGGAACAAACGGGCAUCUAAAAGUGAAGAGAACUCAAAGGAAUAUCAUCGAGGAAAGCGAACAGGUUACUGACAUCCACCGUCAGCACGAUGGCUGCAAAUAAAAUCGACAAGAAAGCGAUGGAACGGAACUCGAUAGUCGCGUUCUACGCUGAAAGGAGCAUCUUCAUCACUGGUGGCACUGGCUUCCUGGGCAAGGUGUUGAUCGAAAAGCUUCUGAGAUCCUGCCCGGGUGUUCGAGAGAUAUUCCUGCUGAUACGCCCCAAGAACGGAAUGUCCAUCGACGACAGAUUGAAAAAAAUGCUUGAAUUACCACUGUUCGACAAGCUGCGAGAAGAGCAACCGUCCUCCUUCGAGAAGCUAAUUCCAGUUCAGGGCGACACGGCCGUUGAAGGGUUGGGUCUGGGCACGAUGGAGAGACAAGUUAUCAUCGAUCGAGUUUCGGUGAUCUUCCACGUGGCCGCGAACGUUAGGUUCGACGAGAAUCUGCAAAAGGACAUAUUCUCGAACACCCGCUCAACUAGAGACGUUUGCAUCAUGGCGGGAUCGAUGAAGAAGUUGGUGGCCCUCAUGCACGUUAGCUCCGCAUACGCCCACGCAGACAAGCCUGUCGUGGACGAGAUAGUUUACCCUCCGCUGAUAAACUGGAAGAGCGCCAUAAAGAUGGUCGAAACUCUCGACGAGGAGACGAUACGCACUAUUUCACCCAAGUACUUGGGUUCGAUGCCCAACACCUACACACUGAGCAAACGACUGGCAGAGGAGGUGAUCAACGAUUACUCGAAAGAUCUGCCAACCGUCAUCUUCCGACCAUCGAUAGUGAUAUCGUCGAUCCAGGAACCAGUGGAAGGCUGGAUAGACAAUUUCAAUGGGCCUGUAGGAAUGCUGAUUGGUGGUGGAAAGGGUGUCCUGCGAGUGGCUUGCACGAACCCCGUAUCUGCCUCCGAUUUCCUCCCCGUAGACGUCGCCAUUAAAGCCAUGCUAACCGCCGCGUGGAAACGAGGAAUAGAAACGGUAACCAAGGAUCCUGAAGUCCACGUGUACAACUCGACAUCCUACCAGAUCCGUCGCAUCCUCAACAGGGAGCUGGUCGCGAUGGGCCACAGGAUCAACAGGAAUACGCCACUAGAGGGCAUCAUCUGGUACCCGCGGACCUACAUCACAACCAGCACUUUCAUUCAUUACAUCCUAACGUGGAUCGUUCACCUAAUACCGGCCAUAUUUAUCGACGCACUCCUGAAAUUGAGCGGGCGAAAACCAAUGCUCAUCAGCAUUCAAAGGAAGGUCUACAACACCGUCGUUCAGCUGCGGCACUUCCUGCACAACGAGUGGACCUUCCGCAACCCCAAGAUGCUGCAGAUCCUGACCAAAGACGUUCCUCCAGCGGAGAGACCGAUCUUCGGAUACGACUAUGAGAACUUCGACGUAGAGCGAUACUUCCAGAGCUGUCUAAUCGGGGCGAAAAAGUACCUCCUGCACGAAGACAUGUCGCGAAUGGAUGAUGUCAAGCGGCAUUACAAAAGGAUGGAGUGGCUCGACAGGAUAUACAACGUCGUCAUCAUGGGGGUGCUCGCGUGGAUCCUUGCAAGGGCUGGAUUCUUUGCGCACAUUUAUAGGCAGUUUCAAAUUCUUCGCAGCUACUAAUUGUUCCUGAGGACCUCGAUCUUCGAACAUUUAAAUAAAAUAAGGGUGAACAGUGUCGUUUGUUGAACGAAUAAAACUGAUGAAGAUA